AUGCUUGCAGUUACCACUGAUAAUGCGUCAAAUAACGGCACCUUGCUUCGACCAAAGAGGGUCCCAUGGAAGCAGCUGAUGCUGAAUGCUCUGAAAGCGGGAAAGCAGAAGCUCAGUGACUAUUACGCAGAGACUGAUCGUGUUUCAAACGAUCUUUACGCAAUUUCUACAGUCAUGGCGCCGCAGAACAAGUUCCAGUUUUUCAAAUCCAAGGAAUGGGAUCCUUACCGUGAUGAGUACCGUGAAAGUCUUAAGGAUUAUCUCAAGCCCUACCAACAACAGCUGAUGGAUGCCCAAUUACCAACGCAGGCCCAAGCAUCAAAAGGUCAAGGAACAGAGCUUGAUAUGAUUCUCGAGCCAGAGGAAUCUCAGCAAUUAACGUAA